AUGGAGGAGGAAGCGCCACCUGCGCCCACGGCGGACAGCACCCAGGGCGCUCCGGUGCUUCCCACGGAGCUCGUCACGGAAAUCCUCGCCCGGCUGCCGGCCAAGUCGGUGGGCCGCUUCCGCUGCGUCUCCCACGCGUGGCUCGCCAUGCUCUCGUCCGCCUAUUUCGUCGAUCUCCACUUGCGGCGAGCCAAUCGGCCGGACCACCCCAGACUGCUCCUCACAGCGGUAGGGUCCGCCUACGACGACCAUCUCCACUCGUGGCGGCCCGGUGGUGCUGUCCAGAAGCUCAUGCCCGACGAUUUAUCGGAUGGGAUAAUCGUGCCUCUCACCAGGCCUUGCCGUGGCCUUAUCCUCGUUCGCGGCACCGACUACAACGGGUACUUCGUCUGCAAUCCUUCCACUGGUGACGUCCUGCCUCUCCCAGAUACCAAGGCGACGAUGAAGAUGAUCUGGCGGGCUAAAUUGUUUCAGUCCCAUCCGCCGCCGCACUUCUUUGAGGUAUCUUACGGCCUUGGUUACUGCAAAGCGAGGAAGGAAUUCAAGGUGGUGCGUUUGUUCUGCAACCCUGAGAGUGAAACUGGAAUGGCAAGCUCCACAAGCUGCGACUUGUUUGUGCUCAACAAGCCUGCAUACUGGAGGCCAGCUGGUGAACAGCCUCCUUUGUGUUGGGUGGAGGAGAAGAAACCGGCUGUUUCCUUAAAUGGGUAUCUGCACUUCCUCUGCCGAGAUGGUGGCAUUGUCACUUUCAGUAUCAGCAAUGAGACCUUUGGUUCCUUGCCACCACCGUUAGGUUUCGAGCCUGCACCAUCUGUGAUGACAGAGCUGGAUGGAUGCUUAUGCCUGUGCUAUGGAGAACCAGAUAGUGAAGAUCUUUAUCGUGUAUGUGUCCUACGAGAUUACAAUGAAGCCCGCUGGGAGACGCUGUGUUGCAUUGAUCGAACCUCUUGGCCAGACUCUGAGCGCACGCUCCUGGACUCGCUCUGGAUGGCCCCGUUAGGCAUAUAUUACUCAGAUGGUGAACAAAAGAUCAUGUUCGGGACAGGUUCUUGCAAGGUGUUUGCGGUGGACCUAGAUGGUAAUGCCCCACAAAUUUUAUUCACUCCAGAUGAGACCAUCAUUGGCUGUUGUGAGGAUGACAAUAUCCCAGCACUAGGUCUGUAUGAGGAGAGUCUUGUCCCUGUGGGCUGCACAAUUGAAGAGAUAAUUUCCUCGUCACCAACAACUGAAGCCUGGUUCAACAUCCUCAAGUGGCUACCGCCACGCUCUAUUUUGGAGUUGAGCUUGGUUUGCAGAGAGUGGCGUGCAAUGAUCAUGACAGAUCACUUUAUCCAAUCACAUGUUAUUCACGCAAACUUGAAUAAGAGCCCUAGGAUCAUGUUCAUCAUGGAUCCCCGCUUUGGUUCCUAUUGGGAUCUAGAGAAAUUCACUGAUGAACAGAGACCGCACAUGUUUGCUAAACUUGUAUGUUCCCCCCAGCCUGUCCAUGGCCUUAAUGUGGGGAGCUGUGCUUCCUGGGAUUUCAUAUGCAAUCCUGCCAUAGGGUAUUGUAAGCACAUAUCUUUUGAUGAUAAUGAUGGAACCUUGUUUGCUGGCCGUAUUGGGUUAGGAUAUGAUUCAGAGAUUAACAAGCAUGUUGUGGUGCAUAUUACCUACAAAGAGAAGAACCUGGAAACAAGAUAUUAUGAGCUACAAUGCAAAAUGCAAUAUGUUAAUGAUGAGCAAUGGCGUCAAGUAGACCCUCCUCCUAGACCUGUAAGUGCCACCCCACCUGCUUUUGUCAGUGGCAAGAUUUACUGGUUGGUAGAACCAAAUCUUGGACCAGUUUCUGCAACAUGUGAAAUCGUGUCAUUCAAUGUCAAGACAGAGGAAUUUGAAGUCCUGAAAGGUCCACCAUGCAGCCAUGACUGUGGGCAAAUGACCAUCCUCCAGCUUCAGAGUGCACUUUGUGUGGCUUAUUCGGAUCAGAGUGUGAACACAAUUGAUGUAUGGAUGAUGAAAGAUUGUGACCUCUGGUUAGUGGAGUAUCACAUAGAGCUUGAGAAGUUCUUACCAGAUUGCUCGUUGGAGAACACUACACCGUUGGCUAUUGAUCCAAAGGAUGGACGGAUUUUGCUCAAUGCAGGUUGGUCAUUAGGCUACUAUGAUCCCAAGACGGCAGAAAUUGAAACCAUCUACAGCAUGAACAUCUUAGAUUAUAGCUACAAAUUGUGCUCUAUUAUCUGCCAUGAAAGUUUGGUGUGGCCGUUUAGUUUAGCCCGUCAUAAUCUUGGGGUAUGCACGAAAAAUACAAAACAGUACCAUGUGGACUUCUGA